AAGAAGGGCGGUGACUGGGGCGGCAGGGAUGUGGCCCUCCCCGGGCUAAUCAGGCAGCCCGCCUGGGCCCGGGAGCCAGCGGGCGGGCGGGCUGCGGACUCUAGCGGGGCCUGCCGGGAAAGGGGCGGGGCGAAGUGGGGGUGCUUAGUCCGUUUCGGGGGGCGGGGUCGCGUCUGCCGCAGCAACAGGGUGCGGCCGGGUGGGGAACGCGGGAGCGGGGCCAGCUCCCAGGAAGGCUGGUCCGCGACCGGCUCCUGCUCGGCUCCCAGGUCCCUGCGCGCCCCCGCCCUUCCCGAGACCCCAGCCAGGCUGCCGCCCGCGUCCCGGAAGCUCCAGCCUGAACCAUGUUUUUCACUUGUGGCCCAAAUGAGGCCAUGGUGGUCUCCGGGUUCUGCCGAAGCCCCCCAGUCAUGGUGGCUGGAGGGCGUGUCUUUGUCCUGCCCUGCAUCCAACAGAUCCAGAGGAUCUCUCUCAACACACUGACCCUCAAUGUCAAGAGUGAAAAAGUUUACACUCGCCAUGGGGUCCCCAUCUCAGUCACUGGCAUUGCCCAGGUAAAAAUCCAGGGGCAGAACAAGGAGAUGUUGGCGGCGGCCUGUCAGAUGUUCCUGGGGAAGACGGAGGCUGAGAUUGCCCACAUUGCCCUGGAGACGUUAGAGGGCCACCAGAGGGCCAUCAUGGCCCACAUGACUGUGGAGGAGAUCUAUAAGGACAGGCAGAAAUUCUCAGAACAGGUUUUCAAAGUGGCCUCCUCAGACCUGGUCAACAUGGGCAUCAGUGUGGUUAGCUACACUCUGAAGGACAUUCACGAUGACCAGGACUAUUUGCACUCUUUGGGGAAGGCUCGAACAGCUCAAGUCCAAAAAGAUGCACGGAUUGGAGAAGCAGAGGCCAAGAGAGAUGCUGGGAUCCGGGAAGCUAAAGCCAAGCAGGAAAAGGUGUCUGCUCAGUACCUGAGUGAGAUCGAGAUGGCCAAGGCACAGAGAGAUUAUGAGCUGAAGAAGGCCGCCUAUGACAUCGAGGUCAACACCCGCCGAGCGCAGGCUGACCUGGCCUAUCAGCUUCAGGUGGCCAAGACUAAGCAGCAAAUUGAGGAGCAGCGGGUGCAGGUGCAGGUGGUGGAGCGGGCCCAGCAGGUGGCAGUGCAGGAGCAGGAGAUCGCCCGGCGGGAGAAGGAGCUGGAGGCCCGGGUGCGGAAGCCAGCGGAAGCCGAGCGCUACAAGCUGGAGCGCCUAGCCGAGGCAGAGAAGUCCCAACUAAUUAUGCAGGCGGAGGCAGAAGCCGAGUCUGUGCGGAUGCGUGGGGAAGCUGAGGCCUUUGCCAUAGGGGCCCGAGCCCGAGCCGAGGCUGAGCAGAUGGCCAAGAAGGCAGAAGCCUUCCAGCUGUACCAAGAGGCUGCUCAACUGGACAUGCUGCUAGAGAAGCUGCCCCAGGUGGCAGAAGAGAUCAGUGGUCCCUUGACUUCGGCCAAUAAGAUCACACUGGUGUCCAGCGGCAGUGGGACCAUGGGGGCAGCCAAAGUGACUGGGGAAGUACUGGACAUUCUAACUCGCCUGCCAGAGAGUGUGGAAAGACUCACAGGCGUGAGCAUCUCCCAGGUGAAUCACAAGCCUUUGAGAACAGCCUGAGCCUUCAGCCCUCACAGAUGCCCAGCCUCAAAGCUGAAGUUGCCUGAAUGAUACUCCUGUUGCAUGUAACCCACUGGCCUCCCUGAGCAUGUCCAUUGACACUGAGGUCCCACUCCUCAUCUCUCCUUGCCAAAUAGUUUGUGCCUUGUCUUGAAGGGGGUUGCUCCCCUUGCCAACCUCACACUGCUGUGAUUGCCAACUCCAGCGGUCCCAUGUCAGCCUUCUGAUGAUCCCACUUCACCCCACCUCAACUUAUUUAACUUCCUAAUUAAAUCAGACUGUUUGA